CGUUAAGAAGAAAAAAAAAAAAAAAAAUCAUGUGCGCCCAACAAUCUCCAUUAUUUUAUAUCUCCGCCUCCGUACCUACUGCCUGCCAUUUUUCAUUCAAUGAAAGACGGUGAAGGGGGCGAUUUCUUACAGCUGAGCCAAGAAGAAUCAGAAAGCGUUUUGACGUUUACUCUUCACCCUCACAGGCCCAGGGUCCAGCGCAGCUUCUUCGACGAUUUUGCCUCAAGAGGCCUCCUUGUUGAUCAAAUCGAGCCUGGAUUCAUUUCCUGCAGUUUCAUAGUCACUCCCAGACUCAUUGAUAGGAAUGGAAAUUACGCUAACGGUGCAAUUGCGGCCCUUAUUGAUAUGGUGAGUGGUGCUGCGAUUCCUGUUGUAGGAGGUGCCGUCAAUGUUUCGGUAGAUAUGUCAAUCUCAUUUCUUUUCACGGCCAAGGAUGAGAUAGAGAUUAGUGCAAGAGGUUUAGGACAGAAAGGACGAUAUUUUGGAACUUACACUCUUGUUAGAAACAAAGCAACCCAAGAGAUUAUUGCGGAAGCUCGACAUUCUUUGUUUGACACGCGUCCUAUCAAGAUGUAAUGCCAUGAUCAAAUUUUUUUCCCCUUUUUUAUGUAUCAAAAUGGACUCUUAAUUAUAUUAUAAAUUAAGCUAUUUGUUUUUUGGAUGAGAUAUAUUUUAAAUCUCCACGAAUUAAUUUCUCGAGAUGCAAAUAAGCUCUCCAAGAGUUUUAUCAUGAUGGUGUUUUAUUUAUU